AUGAUUCGUCUUCAACAUAAUAAAGUUAAUAACGAUCCUUUAUUGAUUAAAGCAAGAGAAAUGACAAAAGAAUUCCAUGGAAAUGGUGGUAAUUGUAUUGUUAAUGGAGUAACAUAUACAUACUCUGCAAUUGAAUUUUUUGAAGGAGCUCAACGAAUGUACAUUGCUACAAUAAAUAGAAAUGGUCAAUUGUCAAAUGGUAAAGCAAGUUGUUUACCUGAAGCAUAUGCCCAAGCAUUUAAAUCAUUUAUUCAAUAA